CAUAACUAGUUAGCUAAGGAGCGGGAUAGCAGCCAGCUAACGUAAUUGUACACAUGCGAGUAGACCGACGUUACUACUACUACUAGUACUAGCUAGGCAGGAUAGCUACGCGUUAGAUCUGUAGCUAAACAGUGGCGUUCGGAAAAAUGUAUCCCCGAUAACAUAUUUGCAACAGAUCACUAGUAGCUGUGUAAUAAAAAAAUAAAAAACUUUAAACCAUUGACGAAGCUUACAACGUAGAGAUGCUCUUUUUUUUUUAGCUUAACAAAACCGUGGAAUAUAGCAACAAGAGUCACCAUUCUUGUUAGAUUUGUCGUUUAGCUAGCUUUCUAACCGCAUGAUUUGCGCGGUCUUGUGCAAGGCUCGCUUGAUUGCAGUUAUCAAUCUACGAAUACAGAUCUUACACUUUUCUUGACCGUGAUAUCCAGGAAACUUGACUAAAUAUCCAGGAAACAUCGACGAUGGAAAACGGAAACGUUGCAGACGGAGAGAGCAGCACGAAGAAGCAAACAGGUUCACGCGAUCAGCAGUCUUUGAAGAACGAAGUGGGAUAUGAAAUCUCCAUUCCAUUUGAGGAAAACAACUUUGAGCAGCCUGGCUUUUUCAAUCAGAAUGAACACAUGUUUGAAGAGUCGCAGUCCGGUCCCCCGCUGCCCGGAAGCUCCUACCUGGUGAUCACGAACCUGCGCACGCAGCUCCAGAUCUCCCUGGAGAAGAACUCGUGGCUGCAGAAGCGCAUCGAGGACCUGGAGGAGGAGCGCGACUUCCUGCGGUGCCAGCUGGACCGCUUCAUCUUCUCCACCAAGAGUCAGGAGAGCAACGGGUCGGCGCAGGGAGGGAAUAACUCAAGAACGUUUACUUGGGGAAGGAGGAGAGCCAGUGAAGCUGACCAAAAGACUGGUUCUCACAGCCCCCCAGUAACUCCCCGUCAGUCAGUCCGCAGAAGGUCUGCCCCCCAGACCCUACCGAAAACCAAAAGUGCUUCUUCCAGCCAGAGCAACCAGCAGAUGGGACAGGGCUUCUCAUCCCCACAGUCUCAGUCACUCGUGCAGGGCCAAGGGACCAAUAACAGACAGAUGACCGACAUACCUGAAUCCCUGUCUCUGCUUGGAACAGAGGAGUUUCUGGAGGAUGACAGCUACCUGGAGGAAGAGGAAAUGAUGUCUGGAGAAGAAGUGAUGUCAGAGAGCAUGACCUUAAGGAAUCUGGGCUCGGGCACGCGAUCCAUCAGUGGGCAUCCAGGAAUGAAGAUGAGAAGGGUGUACCGGAUUUCUCGAGGGAGGGAGAGAGUCAAAGACACGGCUGGGGUGCUCUUCCGCUACAAAAAGAUUCUGGUGACGUACCAGAGGCUGAAGAACAUGUCUAAGGCCUUCCAGAUCCACGGGGUCGACCGCAACACGGUGGCGUCCACCACGCCCAUCGCAGAGCUGCUGCUGGUGGCCCCUGAGAAGGUGGCCGAGGUGGGCGAGUUCGACCCCUCCAAGGAGAAGCUCCUGGACUACGCCCGCCGUUGCUACAUUGCCCUGGACGAGCAAACGCUCAGCAAGGUUCAGGCGCUGAAGAAGAACAAUCUUCUGCUGCCCAUCUCCUACAGGUUGAAAGUGAAAGGAGGAGAGGAACGGUAAUGGGAUCAGUGCUACUCUGAAACGCAUCUGCUGUACAAUAAUACACCACACUGUAUUUUACUGUACCAUAAUAUACUAUAUCUCUGUACUGUACUAUACUAGUGUACUAUACUGAAGUAAACUGUUGUGUAGUAUGUAAUGUACUUUACUGUCUUGUACUAUGCUACAGUACUUAAGUAUAUUAUUGUAAUGUAUAAUACUGUACCACUAUGCUGUACUAUACUAUGGUGAAGUAAACGGUUACACUGCUGUUCUGUUCUACUUAACAUAUUCUUGCUGCUGCAUUCUCUGUAUUGCAAUGUACCAUUGUGAAUGCAUGCAUGGAGUUAAUUGCCAUGAUGAAAUUAUACUCUUUUUAUUUAUUUAUUUUUUUUGUUCUCUUAUAAUGGGUAGUUAAUUCCUCUCAGGAAGACCAUUUUUAUUUUUAUUUACACCAUUCAUAAUGUCAGUCUCCUCUCUCUUAUUUUGAUUCCAUCCUUAUUUAGUCAGAUUGCGACGUGGUAUGAACCAUAAGCGAUGUGAUUUGGCCCUGACUUCAUUUUACAAUGGAUUGUUGAUGGUUGUUGACUCAAUGAAUAGUAGUGCGUGACAUCACAUUUUUACAUUUUAAACUGGUGGUUCAGCAGUAGUAUUGACUGUAGUAUAGUAUAGCGGUUGUGUGUGUAUUAUGUACACUGGCAGACAAAAUUCUGGAGCAACUUGUAUUGAAAUUACCUGUUAAGUGUAAUGAAGUACUCAUCACUUCUUUAAUAGUUUACUGAAAACUGAUUGUGAUGGCAGGAGAAUCUGAUGGUUGAACUGGAUGAAUACUGUAUGUCUGUCGUGACAGAAUUGCUUGCAAAACUUUCGCUUGUCUAUCUGAACUCAAGUAAAUUGCCUGCAGUCAUUUGAUACGGGUUAGGGGAGUAGUUUUCAGUUUUCCUCAGGAACCAAUCGUGUACGGGAUAAGUAUGAUAUAGAUUGCUUAAAAACCUGUGAGUAAGGUAGUAAGGGUUGCAAAAGAUUUUGCAGCUUUUUUAAAAAAAAUGUAAUGUUUUAUUUCUGCUUAAAUCAGAGUAGCAAUAUUCUAGAAAGCAAGAGGUGUUUGUCCUACUGAAAAAUGAUAGCGUAUUGAUUACACCGAUUGUGAUGACACUAAAGGUAGAAAUGCAAAUAAAGCAUUGAUUUCUUAAAAA